AAUCAUAAAUUUUUUACACCAUCUUCUUCAUCACAACAUUAUUUCUCAAAUUUGUAGCUAUUUUUACAGAUACAUAUGGGAAUCGUUCGAGAUCGAGGACUUGUCGUCGAAGGCUGUUCUGAUCACGGGUUGUGAUUCAGGAUUCGGGCGUGAAUUAGCAUUGCGAUGUGUUGAGAAAGGUUUCACCGUCUUUGCCGGAUGCCUAACAAAUAAGGGAGAAAUUUCUUUGAAGUCGGAAUGUCCAUCACCCAAGUUACGCACCAUUCCGUUAGAUGUAGCUUCUGAUGAAAGCGUCGAGGCUGCUAGAAGACUGGUCGACGAAUAUGUUAAUCAAGGGAACGAAUUGUGGGGAAUAGUCAACAACGCGGGCAUCUUCUCUUGCUAUGGCCCCGACGAUUGGACGAGAGUGGAGGAUUAUAUUCAUGCUGCUCAAGUAAACACGUUUGGAGUAAUUGCUUUGACCGAUCACUCGAUAUCCAGACGAAUCGUCACAGUAACAUCAGUGAAUGGACGAUUUUCGACACCAUGCGGUGGUCCGUAUGUUGUCAGCAAGUACGGCACCGAAGCUUACAUGGACGCUAUAAGGCAAGAGCUGUAUGUCAAUGACGUGAAGGUUUCGAUACUUGAACCAGGAAUUUUCCGAACCCCGCUCAUAGACGAGCAAGCUAUGAUACAACGAAUAGAAAGUGCAUGGUCGAAGUUGGAUGAUGAAACCAAGGAGGAGUACGGGGAAUACUAUAAGACUUACUUCGCAAAACUGUGGAAUGAGCUGUUCCUAACCAUGAGCUCGACGAAGACGCAUUAUGUGGUCGACAAUUACAUGCAUGCCCUCACUGCCCUGUAUCCACGACAUCGGUAUUAUUGUGGUUGGGAUGCGAUUCUUCUUUGGGUUCCGCUAUCAAUUCUUCCAACAUGGUUGUCAGACUUUAUGAUGCGCUCCAUCAGUCGACAGGAACGAUAUCCUGCAGCGAUCGAGAAGAAAAUGAGGCAGCAAAAGAAGCUUGCUUCGAACUAA